AUGCAAGCUGAAACCCCAAUAAGCGUACCAAGUAAACAAGAAAAUCCUGUAGAUGAAAAAGGUUCAAGUCCAUGUCUAUCUCCAAAAUCAGGAUUAGUUAUUUCAUAUAAUGAAGCAAACGAUAUUCAGGCAAGCAACAAGCAGCAGUACCAAGAAAACUCUGUUUUAGGAAUAACCAUUAGAUUAGAAAAGGUCCUCUUAGAUAUAAUGCACGCAGACUCAACUGCAGAUUUCGAUUCUAAAAUUUCUAAUGCUUACAGAGAUAUGUUCAUUAAAAUUGAGGAACCCACCCCAACCCUCAUAAGAUUACGCCCCGGAAUAGACAAUUUCUUAAAAUCAAUUACUGAACAUUUCAAAAUUGUUUUAAUUUCAGGAUUAGACCAAUAUAUCAUAAACGAAGUUGUUAAGCGACUCGACCCAAUGCAUACUUACUUUGGAAAUCGUAUCUACAGAGAUCAAGAUUUUGAUUUCAAAAAUGACGAGAACAAUUACUACUUAUUCCCACCUUCGAGCGAUCUAACUGUCAUCCUUGACACAUCAAGAGACCAUUGGAAGAACGAUAAUGGCUUUACAUUCAGUGGAUUCGUAUUUGUUUGCCCAUAUAAUUAUUUCCAACCUUCAACUAUCAUUAAUGUUUCAGAAGACAUUGCCUUACCUUUGGUUUCCAAGCUCGACUCCGUUCUUUUUGGUCUUUCAAGGUAUUUGGAACAAAUUCAUUUAUUCUACUACGUAAAAAAGGUUGAUUCAAUUGUUUUGUCAAUCGGAUUUGCUCAGCAUCCAAUCUUGAAGGGCUGCUACAUUUGUAUACCUGAUUUAAGCCCAGAAGAAGCCAAAAAUUUCGAUAUUCUUAUUGCUCGAUUUGGAGGCAAAUUCAUGCCAUCAUACGAUUCUGCAGCUACUCAUUUAGUUAUUUCUUCCAAGGAUAGCCCAGCAAUCGCUCAAGCUUCGCAAUAUAAUGGCGUAUACAUUACAACAAUUGGUUGGAUCGUAGAUACCUUCACACAUUACGAGAAGAAGGAUGAGAGGAAUUAUCCCCUCAUCGGCGUCGAUUCUCCAACACACGGACCAAAUCCGAUCGAACAGUACACUGGCGAAUCAUCUACAGACAUAUCAUCAGGAGAUAUCGAUUACGAAGACUCGAGUGAUUCAUAUUCCGAUGAAGAAAUGACAAGAGAAUACUUAGAAUUUUAUUGA